AUGGUUCUCACCUUUUUGAUGCAGAUUCAGUCCUAUUCUAGAUGUGCAUAUUGUCAGGAGCAGUUAAUGCCUGCAGGCUCUCUUCGUAAAAAGAAGCUGGCAAAAAGACCUGGAUACAUGAGGCCAGAAGCUCAGCGACAGAUAGGGUUUCAGUCCCUGGAUGCCUGCAAGCUGUUCAACUCAGAAGAGCUCAAACAUGGCAGGCAGCAUUGUGGAGACUUUGAGAACUGCUCUCUACGCAGACAAUACAAAAAUAAAUUUGAAUUCUUACACUGUAGUUCAGUUGCAAGUAGUGCUGUAGUUCCCACUAAUGGGGUAAAAAUGUUGGACACUACUGGAAAUGUGCCAGGGAGCUGCAAAAAUCUUUCAUCUUACAAGAGUCCACAGCCAGAAACCACAGUGAUACCAGUUUAUCCUGCUGCAGCAACAAGCAAGGGAGAUGGUUCUGCUGUAUGCUGUACACGGCAGAAGAGCCAUGGCGCUAAAGUGAGCAAGCCCCAAAACACGUAUGCUUUGGAUCGGACAGAAGUGAAUAACAACUGUGAAUACCAAAACAGAGAUGUUGUUUCUUGUUCUGUUGGUGGACACGAUAGCUUUAGUUCAAGUUUCAGCUUCAUACAGCUCUCCCUGAAUUCAUGCUCUGGAGUAAGCGAUGCUGAAGGCAAGUCAACUGUCGAGGAAGCUGAGUAUGUUCUGCAUCCCAGCACCGCAGGAAGUCUGCAGAAGCCAGAAGAGACAGUGCAGACUCGUGAGCACUCAGGAGCUUUGCAUUGCUUCUCCAAGCCCACAGAGGAUUUGGAAUAUGAAAAUGAGACUGCAGCAAAUGAUAAACUACAGGACUGUGAGACUGUCUCUCUCUCGGAUACAGAUGCAACAUCUUCAUAUUCCUCAGAUGCAGCAUCUGCUGGCUCUUCUGUCACCUCAGGCUAUGAAAGUAGCUUUACUGUUAGUGACCAUAACUGGGAUACUUUGAUGAAAAAAUACGAACCAGUGCUACAGGACUGCCUGCUUGGCAACCGCAGUACGUUAAAGAUAAGAUCCUUGAUCUUACGGCUUCAGAGGCUUCAGGAAAAAGCGAUAGAGGAAGAUGACUAUGACAGAGCCGAUAAAUUUAGACGGAAACUGGAAGAACUGGAAAAAGAGAAAAAUUCUUUAAAAUUUCAGCUUCCUUCAAGGCAUCCUUCAAUUAGCAGUUUUUUGGAUAGGUUCACUACCCAAGUUCAAGCAACGUUGCGCUGGGCUGCUGAUCAUCGGGUUAGACACGAAGAAACCCAGCUUUGGCAUGAAAACGAGCAUAAACUUUUGAGAUCCACUUUCCAGGAGAGGACGCAGGAUUCAGCCGCAAAACGAAACCAACUUUUUCAAGAAAAGAAAUGGUUACAGAAAGAAAUUGAAGACCUCCGAGCAAGACUGACCAUAUUAGAAGCAAAAGAUCAACAGCUAAGAAGAGAAAUUGAAGAACAAGACAGGCUUAUUCAGUCACAGGAUUGUGAACUGACUGCUUUACUUGGCUGCCUUUCUUUGAGAGAACUACAGGAAAUAAGCAAGGCUGUGGAUGACACUUUAGCAUCCUCCUACCAAAUUCCAUUCAGUCUGGAUCUUCCAGGGACAGUAAGGAGCCUUCAGGAAAAAGAACAAUCGUUCAGCAUGUCCAUUAAAGAAACUACUGCCAAAGUUUGCACAAGUCAGAAACUCUGCAGUACUUUGAGGAGGAAAGUGAGUGAUAUUGAGACUCAACUACCAGCUCUACUUGAAGCCAAAAUGCUGGCUGUUUCAGGAAGUAAUUUUGGUACUGCGAAGGAUCUGACAGAAGAAAUAAGAUCAUUAACAUCUGAGAAGGAGGGGCUGGAAGGACUUCUCAAUGAACUGUUAGUCCUGAGUGUCAGAAAUGUCCAAAAAUUAGAGAGAAUUAAAGAUGAUUACAUCAGACUGAAACAAGAACUCGAACAAGGAGAGGCUGCCUUUGUGACUACUCUAAAAGAAAAUGCUGAAAAGUACAUGGAGAUACUGGAGGAUAAACUACAUAGCUGUGGGAGCCAGCUGCUCCAAAAAGUGUGGGAAGCUGACUUGGAGGCCUGUCAGCUGUUGAUCCGAGGGUUUCAACUGAAGGAAACCAACUGCUGUGGUUUUGAGGAAGAGGAGAACCAAACGGAUGAGAUGGAGAUGACUGCUGAUGGCCCAUCCAAUUCUGAAAAAAGAAAAGAAGGCCACUUUCCAAACGGCACAGAGUGGGGCACUGUUCCCUGCCCCAAACACAGCGAGCUAAAAGAGGUUAUGGAAGACAUUUCAUUUGGAGCAGAGGGUCAUUUAUCUGAGGAGUUCUUCAUAUUUUCUGCAGAGCUGGGAGAAAAAUGUGAAGCAAUAAGUGAGAAAUUGGUGCAUCUGGAAGAUCAACUGCAGACUUCUGCCUGCAGAGUUGAUGAAGGACUUGCACAGUCUCUGCAGAGGGAGAUCCAGGUGGUGAAGGAGACACUCCAGACCGUGCUGGUGCAACUUCAGCCAGCCAGGGAGGCCGGAGAAGAAAAGGCUGGAGACUUCCCCUGUGACAGCUGGUGUCCAGGAAAACAAGACUUGAAGGAAUAAUGAGCAGAAAGAGCUGGUAGGAUGACAUUAAUUCACGAAGGGCUGCUUUUAGUAACUGAAUACUGUUUUACCAAGCCUCAGGGAUCUCUUCUCUCCCUGCAUAACUAAUAACUAAAUCAAUUAUGGAGAAGCGGAGCCUGGAGGUCUAUCAUCAGAAGUAUUCUACACAGCCUCACAUGUUUUGGCACAGAUUGGGAAACAGCUUUCAGAGCAGAGCAUCCCCUGUAAAUGUGUAGAUUACAAAUUGAUACAUUUCAAGUGAGUCUGCAAAGUUGCCUUUAAUGUCAGUGAAAUGUUCUCCUUGAAGGCUCGUAAACAGUAUCUGUCUUCCUUACUCAUGGAUUUUUUUUUCCCAGAUUUAAAAAUGUAGCGUUAAAGCUGGAACAUCUA